AUGUCCGCUGUAUGCAAGUUACAGCCACAUGUACCUGAGACACUGUCGUCGGAUGUGCCGAUGACAGACACCGAGGAGAGCUGGGACAGAGCUACAAAUGAGAAUGAAGGCGAAAGCUGGACGCUGCAUGAUGUGGUGCUUCGUCAUCUUGGCGGCGAUCUCACCAAUGUGCUGGCCGAUCCUUCGACAGGCCUGCACAGGCGACUCGACCAGCCACCGGCGGCUAUGCCCUUCACGUUUCUAGAGCCGUUGCCGCUGGAAACUGCAGAGAAGGCCAAAAGAUGUAUUGUGGCAAACUUGUCACCGCUCGGUUCAGGAAGUGGCAGCCCAGUGACAGGGAAUGGCUUUACCUUCUCGCCAGGCGUCGUUCUGCCCAGCCUGACGUCACCUGGACCUUUGGGAUCACCGAUGGAGCCCGUGAGCCAGUGGAAAGCACCAGGCAAGAAGAAGCCUGAACCGACAAAGAAAGCCAUCUCCAUCGGACGCUUGUGA